CUUCCCGCUCUCCUCCUUCAUCAGUCAUCACACACGCCUGCGGCCUGCCUGCCUGCCUGCCUGAGUCCUGACACCAUACUAUACCUCCACCUCCCCGGCCCUGUCCUACUAGCCGUCAGAGGUUUGCCGCCUCCUCGCUCCUCGUCUUCAUCACCCCCUCUCUCUCUCUUCCUUCGUCCUCGACCUGUGGCCACCUGUGGCGUCACGCUUUAUAAGAGCACGCGGCCGGCAACCAUCUCCCUUGCCACCCACAAGUAGAGAAGAAUCUUUUGUUGCUGACGCCUGAGACGCUGGCACUGCCGCCGCGCCGUCUGGAGAGAAAGAGCAGAGGGACACUGAAGCAGAGGAGCCGAGGGGUAGCGACGAGAGACGAGCGAGAGCGGCCGACGGAGAUGGAAGCAGGAGGAGCAGGAGCGGAGGGGGUGAUGAGGGUGCUGCUGGUGGACGACUCCCCCGUCGACCGCCGCGUGGCGCAGCUGCUCCUCAGCAGCAACUCCUGCGCCGGCUCAUUCCACGUCAUCGCCGUCGACAGCGCCAAGAAGGCGAUGGAGUUCCUCGGCCUCAAGGACGGCGGCAAGGAGCAGGCCAUCGACAUGGUGCUCACGGACUACUGCAUGCCAGAGAUGACCGGCUACGACCUGCUCAAGGCCAUCAAGGCGCUGAACCCGCUGAAGCCGAUCCCUGUCAUCGUCAUGUCGUCAGAAGACGAGCCCCAGAGGAUCAGCCGAUGCCUGAACGCCGGCGCCGAGGACUUCAUCGUGAAGCCCCUGCAGAGCAAGGACGUGCAGCGCCUCCGGAACUGCUCCACGGUCGGGAGGCCCAGCAACAAGGGCGGCGCCACGUUGCCGUGCGAGGAGAACGCCGUGGCCAAGUGGAGUAACAACAAGCUGCCGCCCUCCGCCGGCGCCGGCGCCGGCGCCAGCGCCACGUCGCCGUCGGGGCGGCGGGCGAACCUCGCCGGAGUCGCCAUGCGCCAGGUGCUGCACUCGUCGAGAGUGGAGAUCUCGCAGUACCUGCCGCUCCUGCUCAAGCUCGUCGUGCUGGCGUACGCCGCGCUGUGCCUGGGCGAGCUCCUGCACAGAUGGUCGUCGGGUGGCAGCUGCUCGCUCUCCCCGUGGUGCGCCUGAUCAGGAAGGAGCAAGCAGCGCAAAAGGCCAGCAACGGUGCAAGAGCCCCCCUGGGCACCGACGACAGGAGACUGCUGAUGCACCAAGCAUUAUUUCAGAGGCUCCAAUAGCCCUAGUCUUUUAAUUUAGGUAGAUGAGAUUGUCUGCUCUGAGAUCCUAACCGGGGUUUCGACCGAUGAUGAGUCCCCCCGUGGCUUUUGUUCGUUGAUUUGAGGGGCCGGGGCCGUAGACGUAGGAAGGAGAGGAACGGAACGAACCCCUUGUAUCCUCUGCUCUGUAUAGAAUGAAUGAAUGAACGAAUGAAUCAGAAUGC